AAGCGUUACAAACAAACUACAACUCCCAUGUGGCACGUCGAUGUGGGCGAUUCGGCGCUGGAAAAAAAAAAAAAGUUGUCUAAUUGUUUCCAGACUACGAUAGACUCUGCUUUCUCAACUUGAAGCCGUGGCCAAAUUAAUAACUUAACAGAUACAGAGCAUAGUUGCCACAGCAGAGAACCAAAGAUGCCCUCUAAACCUUGCGCGGUCCAAAUAGUGACCGUCAAUAAGGAAGAUCACUCCUUUGGUUUGGAGACAAAAGCACUUGAACAGAUACUGCUAGCACCUGAGGUUCGAGAUUUGGAGGUGGUGGUGCUAUCUGUUGCCGGUGCUUUUCGCAAGGGAAAGAGCUUUCUCCUGGACUUCAUGCUUCGAUACAUGCACAGGAAGCCCGGACAGGAAUGGCUCGGUCAAGAGGACGAGCCCCUCACAGGAUUCUCUUGGAGAGGAGGCUCAGAGCCUGAGACCACAGGCAUCCAGCUCUGGAGUGAAGUCUUCACUGUGAGGAAAAGUAAUGGCAAAGAGGUGGCAGUGUUGCUUAUGGACACACAGGGAGCAUUUGAUAACCAGUCCACAGUGAAAGACUGUGCUACAAUCUUUGCCCUCAGCACCAUGACCAGCUCAGUGCAGAUAUACAACCUUUCACAAAAUGUCCAAGAAGAUGAUUUGCAGCAGCUCCAGUUGUUCACCGAGUAUGGCCGACUGGCAAUGGAUGAAAUCUUUUUAAAGCCAUUUCAGUCACUCAUGUUUCUGAUCAGAGACUGGAGCUUCCCCUACGAGUACAGCUAUGGGUUGAAGGGAGGCAAUCAAUUCUUGGAUAAACGGCUCCAGGUGAAGGAAUCUCAACAUGAGGAGCUACAGUCAGUAAGAAAGCACAUUCAUUCCUGUUUCACAUCUAUUUCCUGCUUCCUGUUACCACAUCCUGGCCUGAAGGUUGCCACAAGCCCUUCGUUUCAGGGACAGCUCUGUGAUGUGGCAUCUGAGUUUAAAACUGAGCUAUGCAACCUCAUCCCCAUGCUGCUGGACCCUGACAGACUGGCUGUGAAGGAGAUUAAUGGCAACAAGGUGACAUGCAGGGGCCUGCUGGAGUACUUCAAGUCAUAUAUUAAAAUAUACCAGGGUGAAGAUCUGCCACACCCAAAGUCUAUGCUACAGGCUACAGCUGAGGCUAACAAUUUGGCAGCUGUGGCAUCCGCUAAGGACCAGUAUUACAAGAAUAUGGAGAAGGUCUGUGGUGGAGAACUGCCCUACGUGGCGCCUGACCAUCUGCUGGAGAAGCAUAACUUCUUCAAGUCUGAGGCUCUUCAUCACUUUAGCAGCAUUAAGAAGAUGGGUGGGAAGGACUUUUGUGCCACAUAUCAGGCUCACCUAGACGAAGAGCUAAAUGAACUCUGGGAGUCAUUCAGCAAGCACAAUGAGUCAAAGAACCUUUUCAGUGCAUUCCGCACACCAGCAGUGCUUUUUGUCCUGGUUUGUCUCUUGUACGUGCUCUCAGCACUUUUACUGUUCAUCGGCCUGAGCAGUGUUUCAUUCGCAUGUGACUGUAUGCUGGGUCUGGCCAUGGUAGCUAUGAUGACCUGGGCCUUCAUUCGCUACUCUGGCCAGUACCGAAAUGUUGGCACUGCCAUAGACCAGGCGGCCGGAGUGUUUCUGGAGCAGGCUACAGGAAUUCUGAAUAAAUCAAGAGCCCAAGCGAUUACGCAAAGCAAAAAAUCGAGAUAGCUUUUUAGGCUAAUCGAAGAUUCCUGCUCGAGAUACAAACAGCACAACACAAAUUCAACCAAUCAUUUGACACCAAAUAUUGCUAACACACUUUCCCAAACUUGGCACUUAAACCAGUCUUGUCUUGUUGCAAUGUAUUUUGGCUUAAAAAGAGGCAAUCAGUAUAUUUUACCAUGACAAAUGGCACACCAUAUUUGACCUGCUCAGUUUUUACAUUUUUUAUGAUUGGCCAUUUUUUCCAUGAGAAUUUUGUUUUCGAUCUCAGUUGUUUAUUACAAAAAGCCUAUUUUUCAGCUAUUCGGGUGUUAUGAAAAUAUACUGAUUGUAUCUUUUUUAAGAAAAAUAAUUGUCAGAAAUUAACAUCAGUAGACAAAUGAUCAGACACAAGAUUUUGCACAAGGUCUGUCCUCCUUAAAACAGAUGAAGUAUUUUGUUUACAUGUACUUAUUUUAAUAUUACCAAAGAUCUUGCCCUUUGUAGUAAGACUCGCAGGCACCUUUCAUGGCAGUUUGUCAAACAGGAAGUGGCACUGGAUAUAAAUGUCUUUUUUUCUUAUUUAUAUCAUUACACAACAAGCCAUGACUUUAAAAUGCACACUUGAUUAUAAUAAGAUUUGGUAUACUGUAAAGAAAUGUAACAACACUAUAAUGUGCAUUAUUUUACAGAGCAUUGUUACUUUAGCACCUAUAUGGGAUUAUAUAUGCAUUCCAUUUUUCACCAAACUUGAACUUUGCAAUUGAUUUAUACUCCUUUUGAAAUUGUUAGCGUUUGUGUUAAUGUCCUGUCUUCUGUUUUGGGAAUUAAAAAUUGUACUCAUCAGGGACCACCCAGGCACAUUAGUGAAAUAAACUGCAUGGUGCUUUUUAAAAAAACAAAAAAUAACAAAAAGUGUGAUAAGAAAUCAUUUAAAACCUGAUCUGUAGUUCCAUUGCAGCCACAUGUUACUUAACCAAAUUACAAAGCAAUGUACUCAGAGGUCAGUCUGAAUCAAAUGGGAGGUUUUCUUUGUUUUUGUUGGUUGGUUGGUUGGUUAAUGACAGUGUCACUGUUUUUCUAUAUCCUCUCCUGUAACUGUUAUGCUAUUUUGCUGAAUAAGUGAUGUUCUCUUGCA